UAUUUGGUCAUGCCGUUCGGACUCACCAACGCGCCGGCAACGUUCCAAGCCGAAAUGAACCACAUUUUACGACCACUCUUGGACGAAUGCGUGGUGUUGUACCUGGACGACAUCCUCAUCUACUCGCGCGACAUGAAGCAGCACGUCGAACACCUGCGACGCGUCUUCGAAAUUCUUCGACGAGAACGAUUCUACGUCAAACUGUCCAAGAGCGAGUUCGCCCUUGAAAAGGUCCAGUUCCUAGGACACCUGGUGAGCGCUCAAGGAGUUCACGUCGACCCCAAGAAAGUCGAAGCCGUACGUACGUGGAAGACACCCGAGAACGUGAAGGAGUUGCAGCAGUUCCUAGGCUUCGCUAAUUACUACAACAGGUUCGUGCCACAGUAUGCGAAACUCGCGGCACCACUCACGAAUCUGCUGAAGAAGAACACGCCCUACAAAUGGGAGACGAAGCACCAGGAAGCCGUGGAGCAACUGAAACAAGCACUGACAUCCGCACCGGUGCUCAUCUUGCCAGAUCCCGAACGUGACUACGUCAUUGAAGCAGACGCCAGUGAUCAGGCCGUGGGAGCAGUCUUAAUGCAAGACCAGGGGAAUGGACUGCAACCAAUUGCCUACCUCAGCAAGAAACUGCACGGGGCAGAACUCAACUACCCGAUACACGACAAAGAGGCUCUUGCUAUCAUCAUCGCCUUCAAAGCGUGGAGAUGCUAUCUCGAAGGACGACGAACAACCGUCUACACCGACCACUGCAACCUGAAAUAUUUGAAGACACAACCCAACCUUUCCAGGCGGCAGGUCCGGUGGAUCGACUUCCUCGAGACACACUUCCACUACGACAUCGUGUACAAGCCCGGCCACAAGAACAAAGCAGACGCUCUCAGCCGGCCUGCACACGUUGCCGCGAUUCAGCGGUCAUGACGCCAUCCUUGUCGUCAUUGACAAGU